AUGGCAGGGGAAUCUGCCAGAAUGGGAAUAAACCGACUGAAGAUUGAACGACGGCCAACACAGAUUGUGCAAGCAAAGCUUGGGCUUGAUGGCGGCCCAAAGCUUAUUGUCUUGAACUCAGUCUUGUGGGAAGAGAACGACUUCGGCUCAACAGAUUUCCAGCAAAUGCCCAAUAUUUUCAAGAAAAAAACAGGCGCCAAAAAGACCCGCUAG